UUUUUUUUUUAAACAUGUAAACCUCAAAUCAUAUGUAUUGGAUAUGUUAGAAAUAAUUUUCAUACAUAGAGUCACAUUAAAUGUGGGAGACCGAUAAAAAAAAAUAAUAAUAUUUAAAGAAUAUUCACUAUAUUGCUUUAAAAAAUAAAACCUAAUUAAAAAUGUGUUUUAAUACACUAAAAAAAACUACAAACCCGUAAUUUAUCCAAAUCUAUCAUUUUUCUUCAAAGUAAAAGGGCCUCUGGAUGCAGCAGACUCCUCCCUAGGUUUAGGGGGGAGUUAUCUAACGGGCUCUAGGACCAUGCUGACUGAAUCCAGUCACAUGAUGUGGGCUUCAGUAGUUUUGCUUUCCCCGUAAACGCUCAAGCAGAAGUAAAAACAUCAAGACAAGUUGACAGACAGAUCUCUUGUAUGGCGUUAUAUUUCUGUCAAUAAUCGUGGCAGCAGACAUGGCUGCUGCUGUUUUUCUUCUCAUAGCAGUGAACCUCGCUUGUGGAAGUAUGGUCUCUGCAAAAAACACUUUUUCCAUUGACUAUAAGAAUAACUGCUUCCUGAAAGACGGGAAGCCCUUUCAGUACAUAUCAGGUAGUAUCCACUACUCCAGGAUUCCACAGUACUACUGGAAAGACCGCCUCAUGAAGAUGUACAUGUCUGGACUCAAUGCCAUUCAAGUAUAUGUCCCCUGGAACUUCCAUGAAGCAGUUCAGGGGGUCCAGGACUUCACCGGAGACCGGGAUCUGGAGUAUUUUUUACAUUUGGCGAACCAGACAGGCCUUUUGGUGAUCCUGCGACCUGGACCGUACAUCUGUGCAGAAUGGGAGAUGGGCGGUUUACCGGCAUGGUUACUUCAGAAGCCGAGCAUCAGACUUCGAUCAGCAGACACAGAUUACAUGCAGGCAGUAAGCACCUGGCUUGCUGUACUCCUCCCUAAAAUGAAACCAUGGCUGUAUAUCAAUGGCGGCAACAUCAUUACAGUCCAGGUUGAGAACGAAUAUGGAAGCUACUAUGCUUGUGACUACAACUACAUGCGUCACCUGCGGACUCUGUUCCGCUCCUUCCUGGGCGAGGAUGUGGUGCUGUUUACCACUGAUGGAAACACAGACAAGGAAAUGAUUUGUGGGACUCUGGAAGGACUUUAUGCUACCAUAGAUUUUGGAACAGACACCAGAGUGACGGAAGCCUUCAAACGGCAGAGACGCUUUGAGCCUCACGGACCUUUGGUUAACUCUGAGUUUUACACGGGCUGGUUGGAUCACUGGGGAGAUCAGCACGCCAUGGUUGAUGCUCAGAAGGUCACCAAAGUUCUUGGAGAAAUGCUAACUAUGGGGGCCAACGUCAACAUGUAUAUGUUUGAAGGAGGAACUAACUUUGGUUACUGGAAUGGUGCCGAUCAUGACUCCAGGUUCCGCUCGGUCGUCACAAGUUAUGAUUACGACGCCCCGCUGACUGAAGCAGGAGACCCCACAGAGAAGCUGUUGGCCAUCAGAGAUGUCAUCACGCAGUUUGGAGAGGUUCCUUCUGGGCCCAUGCCACCAGCAACCCCCAAAUUUGCCUAUGGAUUUGUAACCCUAAAAAAGGUUGGAAAUGUCAGCAGUUUGUUGGACUUAAUCUCUCCUCUGGGGCCCGUUAAGUCACAUUAUCCACUGACAUUUGAAGAGAUGAAACAGUACUAUGGAUACAUGCUGUAUCGGACCACACUGCCCAGGGACCUCACUGAGCCCACGCCACUUAUAUCUCCACUGAAUGGGGUUCAUGACCGUGCCUAUGUGUCUGUCAAUGGGACUUUUCAGGGUCUUUUGGAGAGAGAUACGACGCUGGUGAUGAAUGUCACGGGAAAGCAGGAGGACAUGUUGGACAUCCUAGUUGAAAAUAUGGGAAGGGUCAACUUUGGCAGCAAGAUCAAUGACCACAAGGGCCUCCUGAGUGACUUGAUCUUGGGAAAAGACAUUCUGACCGACUGGCAGAUCUACCCUUUGGACAUUGAUGGAGCUAUUGUUAGAGGAUGGCCUCAUUCGGUCCAUCAGAAGACGCCCAGUCAGAUGAAAACUGACGCUGGACCAGCCUUCUAUUAUGGGACCUUACCACCAAACGGCCUGGCCUGGGACUCCUUUCUCAAGCUUAAAGGAUGGACGAAGGGUCAGGUUUGGAUUAAUGGUGUGAAUUUAGGACGGUACUGGUCAGCUAGAGGCCCCCAGCAGACGCUGUACGUUCCAGGGCCGCUGCUCAGGAGCAGUCUGCCCAACAACAUCACCGUGCUGGAGCUGGAAGGAGCCCCGGCACACCUGCAAGUUCUCUUUAUGGACCGGCCUCAGCUCAGCACCACUGUUGGAAAGUCUUGACAAAGUUGAUGUGUUUCUGCAUCGAAGAACUUGUUUACAGAAACAUGGAUUUGUUUCAUCCAGAUGUUUGGAACAGAAAGGUGGAGAGCAGUGCAAGAUCUGGUAGAAGAAUUGGCAAAAGCUGGGCUAAAUGUGGAAACAAGGGCACCAUACGGGAACACCUCCCACUAACUUCUGUGACCACAGGAUGAUUCACCAGAGAGCACCGAUGUUUGGAGGCUCCAAAACACAACCAGAAUCCUGUUUUUGAAAAAAAUCCUUUCAUACUACAGCAUCAUAUUAUGACAAACUUUCAAUCAAAACAAUUCUUACGUUUUUUUUAAAUUUUUUGUUAAACAACACCAGUUCUUAAAUUAAGAUUUUUAUUUUUAUUGCUGAAUAAGCUUUUUUGUAAGAGCACCUUAUUAGUGCACUUAACUAUUUUUUCAUGAAUUUCACAUUUAUUUAAUUAAAUGUUCAUUUAUUUUCCUGUCCAGCCACUUUCAAGUUACCUUUUCAACAUAAUUAUAUUAUUUUUUUCCUCUUUUUAUACAGUUAAAAAUGUAAAAAUACCAGUCUGAGCACCAUGGACUUAUUGAAAGGGUUUCUCGGGGAAGACAGCUUUUGGUGCUAGCUCUUUCCUGGAGGAACGUUUGCUUUUCGAUGGGCUUGCAGACAGCGCGGAGUGCAGAAUGCAAACUCUUGGUAGUGAAAUGGGACCUUUCCGAGCAAGGAUUCGCCACACGACCAGCACCUUCUGUUUAUGGGAACAAAGAUGACCCAAAUAAAGAAAACAUUUCCAGAGGCA